GCUAGUCUCGGGAGCGCGCCCGGCUGUAGAGGCGGUUGGAGCAGCAGGUGAGCGUGCACGAGCUUAGCGCAGGGACUGGGCGGCCUCUCCCGACAUCCUCCAUGGCAGCCUCGGACAGGCUCGGAUAGGGCCCCCCCUGGACACAGGGGCCCCCAGGGACCAGGAACACCGCACCCCAACACCACCACCAACAUGGCGGAGAGGCUGGAAUGGGUGGAAAUCAUUGAGCCGCGUACACGUGAGUGUAUGUACGCCAAUCUUAUCACCGGAGAGUGUGUCUGGGACCCACCUUCCGGAGUCAGGAUAAAACGUACAAACGAGAACCAGUGGUGGGAACUCUUCGAUCCAAACACAUCACGUUUCUAUUACUACAAUGCAAGCACGCAGAGAACUGUAUGGCACCGGCCUCAAAACUGUGACAUUAUCCCCUUGGCCAAACUGCAGACCUUGAAACAGAACACAGAAUCACCAAGAGCCUCCACCGAGAACAGUCCCGGGAGGAGCAGUAACAUCAGCCGUGAAGGGAGUACCAGCUCGUCCCUCGAACAGGAACUGGACGCAGGAGAUAAAUGCACUGAGCAAGUGAAGGCCAACCGGCACUCAGCGCCAUACUUCGUGGUGAAGGAAGAAUCAGACAGGACCUCCUCUCUGAGAUGGAAUACUGGCACCAAAGACCGAAUGCUGAUAAAAGUAACCGACCGGGAGCCCAGUUUCCUCACGCAUGGGAAUGGGUACACCACUGAAAGCUUGCAAGGGCCUCGUUCUCGGAGACCAUCAGGGGGCCAGCCAUCGCCUGUUUUGCAGACAUUCUCCGUUGAUACAGACAACUCCGUUUUCUUCCCUGAGCGCAAGCAGUCACCAUAUAUGAAAAGGUCAGAUCAUGUGGGCACUUGCUCUCCGCUGCUUGGACGAGGGGAAUCUUUCUGUACUCUGCAAUCUCAACAUCGAAAACACUCAAAUGAAUCUCAGCCUUCCUCUCCUCGCUAUGCGUACGAACCUCCACUUUACGAAGAACCACCCAUGGAAUACCAGGCCCCAAUCUAUGAUGAGCCUCCAAUGGAAAUGCAAUACGAUGCAAGUGGCAAUUACAGGGCAAUGUCGCCGCAGAAAUCACCAAUCCGCAAACCACAAGGCUUCCUGCAAUCUCCAAAACAAGCAUCCAACUCUCCAUAUCAACAGCUGGUGCUAACCAAACAAAAAUGCUCAGACAGGUUUAUGAGCUUGGACUACAGUCCUGCAGGAAAGGAGUAUGUAAGGCAGCUAGUUUACGUUGAACAGUCUGGGUCAAGCCCAAAGAUGAAAACGGGUAUAAGACAUAAAUAUACACCCAAUACCAUUGGUGGUUCAUACUCCCUACAGCAUAACCCACUUCACAUGAGGGACCAACGACUGGAGGUUAAAUCAGGAGAUUACAGCAGCAUGGAGGGAUCUGACAUACGGCUAAGUCAGCAGAAGAAUCAAUUUCAUGGAGAAGACUCCAUGUCAUGGUCAAGUCAGCAGGACACUAUGUCUUCAACAGGGUAUUCUCCCAAUACAAGGAAAAGGAAAAGUAGAAAACCUUCUUUGUCCUUGGAGCCCAACUCAACCCCUUCAGAAAGCUCUGUAGAACGGGAGACAUUCAUUGAGCAGGGAACCAAUGAGGAAAGACCUUCAUCCAUGCCCAACAGACCUUUGAUGAGUCGGACAGAAAGUAGGUCAUCGGAAGCAGACAUGCAUCGUAACUCUCCUGAGGCAUUUAUGGCGCAAGCUAGGUUAGCCUGGGAGGCCCAGCAGGCCCACUUCCACAUGAAGCAGAGAAGCAGUUGGGACUCCCAGAAGGACGGUUCUGGGUACGAAAGCGAUGGUGCAGUGCCUUUGCCAAUGCCGGGGCCUGUGGUUCGAGCAUUUAGUGAAGAUGAGGCUCUUGCACAGCAGGAUAGCAAACACUGGAAAAGAAGCACUUUUGAAAAACUUGGCUUUCCACAAAUACUACUGGAGAAGAGUGUUUCUGUUCAGACUAACCUGGCCUCGCCAGAACCAUACUUACAUCCAUCUCAGUCUGAAGACCUCGGAGCUUGCGCUCAAUUUGAAAACAGUCGACACAACAGGAACAUGAUGCCAAGCUCCAGCUGUGUCUUCCCCACCUUCACCCUGAGGAAGCCUUCUUCCGAGACCGACAUAGAGAACUGGGCCUCCAAGCAUUUCAACAAACACACCCAGGGGCUGUUUCGACGCAAAGUCUCCAUCGCCAACAUGCUGGCAUGGAGCAGUGAGUCCAUCAAGAAGCCCAUGAUAAUGACCACGGAUCGCAAUGUGAAGAAGGAAGCCUGUGAUAUCUUCAAACUCAUCCAGAUGUACAUGGGGGACCGGAGGGCAAAGACUGACCAGCUCAAUGUAGCUCUGGAGAUUGCCACCAAAGGCUGGAGUAUGCAGGGUUUAAGGGACGAGCUGUAUAUCCAGCUUUGCCGACAGACCACGGAGAACUUCCGCUAUGAGAGCUUGGCCCGCGGCUGGGAAUUAAUGACUAUAUGUCUGGCUUUUUUCCCCCCCACCCCUAAAUUUCACUCAUACCUGGAGGGAUAUAUUUAUCGACACAUGGAUCCCGUGAACGAUACAAAAGUGACUCGACAUAUUAAAGAGCUCCUGGACAUGAACUUUCAGAAGAAAUCCAAAAUGAGAAAGAAAGCAAAGCCUUAUAUUGAAGAAGUCGAUGGGGUGGCAAUCAGCACAUACGCCAAGUAUUGUUACAGGAAACUUCAAAAAGCAGCCUUGCUAGGAGCAAAAAAGGGCCUGAAGAAACCAAACAUGGAGGAGAUUAAACAUGCUCGGAACGCGGUGUUCAGCCCCUCCAUGUUCAGCAGCUCUUUGCAGGAGAUCAUGAACAUGCAAAAGGAGAAAUAUCCUGAUCGCCAGCUGCCGUGGGUACAGACCAGGCUGUCUGAGGAGGUGCUGGCGCUCAAUGGGGACCAGACCGAGGGCAUUUUCAGGGUCCCCGGCGACAUCGAUGAGGUAAAUGCCCUAAAGCUGCAGGUCGAUCAGUGGAAAAUCCCCACCGGUUUGGAAGAUCCCCAUGUCCCUGCCUCGUUGCUAAAGCUGUGGUAUAGGGAACUUGAAGAACCUCUGAUCCCGCAUGAGUUUUAUGAACAAUGCAUUACACACUACGAGAACCCCGAGGCGGCCAUUGCUGUCGUGCAUUCACUUCCACGAAUUAACAAAAUGGUGCUCUGCUACCUCAUCCGCUUCCUACAGGUAUUUGCACAGCCAGCUAAUGUGGCAGUCACAAAGAUGGAUGUCAGCAACCUUGCAAUGGUGAUGGCGCCCAACUGUCUGCGCUGCCAGUCGGAUGAUCCACGCAUCAUCUUCGAGAACACCAGGAAAGAAAUGUCCUUCAUCCGGGUUCUCAUCCAGCACCUGGACACGAGUUUCAUGGAGGCUGUACUAUAGCGAGCAGGACAUGGUUUUAUCCAUCUCGUAACUAUAGGAAGAGAGUCACCUCAACUGCCUGACUGCCAUGUCUCCGCACUCUUACACCAUUUUAGCUUGGGGAUCUGCGAAGUGGUCUUUGCUGCCACCCACCCUUUCAUCUUGUACAGUAACCAUGGAGUAAUAUACCUUUUAUGGUUCAUCCACUGUGGCAAUAACGAUCAGCUGCCCUACCUCCAACAUGGACCAAUACUCAGCUACAUCAAUGGAGGAGGGGAACUGUAUGGCACACUGAGGGCGUGAGAACACGUGGUUAUACAGAUUCACUUACACUACCAUCUCUUGAUCUUAAUUUCCAAACCCAAUGCCAGGUCUUAUUAAUACCGUAUUGUGGGACCAUUUAUGUUUUGUUAAUCAAUCAUUAUCAGCACUUUCUGCAUAUUUGCUAUUUUGAGGGGUCAUUCACCCACUAGGAGUAUGGAAGGAGCUGCUUCAUGGAGGAUCAGUAAUCAGUGACCUUGCUCUGUAAAGUGGUCAUUGAUGUGAUAGAUAUCCUAAUAUCUACAGUAUGAUGAAUUACAAAAGGGUCAUUAUCCUGCUCUGUGUUCUCCCCUUCCUCUGGAAACGAAUUAUGGGGAAAGCUGGGCCAACUGCUCGGAGCCUUGUGUGUCCUGAUAAUCUGUUAGGGCUGCUCUUGUUUUUCUAUGUUUGGUGAGAUUGACCGUCCAUGUUUGUGUAGCUCAGGCUGUGAAAUGCAUUUCCAGCUGCUUGGUUGUAUAACUAGGGGGAAGCCUGUCACUUGAUAAUGUCAUGCCUCGCAGACAGAAUGAAACUGUUAUAAAUGCUAAGGCACACAAAUGUUUAUGAAUGUGAUGACCUCUUAAUAUUAGCGUUCCAUGAAUAAGGUCUUCUACUUUAACUAUGAUCCCCUAGUAAUGCUGCAGCCACUAGUGCAAUAUAACUGUAUGCCCCCAAAUUGAUCUAAGGAGCUGACAAUCUAAUGGUCUAUUUAUUUAGCGUUUUGGGACAGUGAAGUACAUUUUUUACUACUUGGUUAAUCAUUUAAGAACCGAUAUCCAUUCCUUGUUAUUUCAAACUGUCUCCUGUUGACCGUUUGCCAGUAUGAAUUAUCCUACAUAUUUAUCAUCAAUGUAAAGGGCAUAAGAAUGACGUGAUGUCCCAUUCUACAGAGGCCCAGAAAUGGUGAAUGAAUGAAAAAUCAAUGGAGCAGAGUUAUUAUAGGAGGACCAUUAUUGGCCCUAAUGGGUUAAUGAAACUCUAAUCUUUAAAAAAAAAUUGUUAUAAGAAACUUGCCAGUUUUAUCCUUAAAAAAAAAAAUCUAAUUUCCUUUAUCUCCUUAACCAGUCACAGCAGUCAGUGGAUGUGUAUUGCUCUAAUGAACUCUUCAUAUGGGAACAUAAAGCAUUGGACGUUGCUCUGGCAUUUAAGGAGUUCCGGAGUGCCCAGUAAUCCAUUCUUACAAGGCAGGGCACCUCUAGUAACCCUGGGGCAAUUAGUUUGGAAAAUAAGUUGUAUGGAUAAGCUUAUAACAAAAACCCAAACUAAACCAUAUAACCGAGAGCUCCUAAUGAUAUGUGUAUAACAUGUACCAUUUUAACAGGCAUGAAGUGUUUUAACUCCAUGUAGAGAGCACGCAUUUUAUGACCUCUCCCCAAUUCUGCGCAACACACUAAA